AUGUCAGCCAAUUCAUCACUACCGUCAAAACCCCUGGUUUCCGAAGACCCGGAAUUCAAAAGACGCCGAGUUGAUAAUGGGACGGAUCUUGGAGGACUUUCGCGAAGAGAAUAUACACCUGCAUCCAAACCCACAUCGGCGUAUGGAGAUGCCAAACAGAAGCCAGCCUGGCUUAAAAAUGACAAAGAGAGAGAUUUAAAGUAUGAAAAGUAUGGACAUAAAUCAGAAGUGGCAUCUUCUGCGUAUAUGAGUCGUGCUUCCGAACCGCUGAGUUCUGCCUCUACAUACCAAGGAAGAGGAGAAGAGCAAGACUCGCGAUUAGAUCGAUUGAAGCGAACUAGAGAAGCAUUCGAAAAAGAUACAGUCCCACCGAUAGAGGGGCGUCAAAAGGAUAGAGGAGAAAAAGAAGAUGAGAAUGAGAACGAGAAUGAAAAUGAGGAUGAAUCGAUUCAACCAUAUUUGCACCUAGACGUGGCUAAUCCUUCUACUAGCCGUACACGCAAUGAAAAUUACCAUACAUUCCACAGUCGAAUCAGAGACAAGGAGAAUCGAGACAUAAAUAGUAUUGUCAGGCAACACUAUAACCAAAGAACCCAACAAUCCAAACGUCAGGGCCCUAGGACUAGCUCUCCAAUUUACAAAUUAAGAAACUUCAACAACACAAUAAAGUAUAUCUUGCUAGGAAAUUGGGCCAAACAUGAUACAGAAUCAUCGCCAAUGUUUUCAGUGCUAGACUUAUGCUGCGGGAAAGGAGGUGACUUGAACAAGUGUGAAUUUAUCAAAAUUGAUCAAUAUAUCGGUAUUGAUAUUUCGGAUCUAUCCGUUCGUGAAGCAUUUGAGAGAUAUUCACGACAAAAGGCGAGAUUUAAACCUCGGAAUGGAGAACGUGCUGAAAACAGAUACAACUUUGAAGCUUGCUUUGCUACUGGUGAUUGUUUUACUCAAUAUGUUCCCGAUAUUUUGGAGCCCAAUUUUCCAGGGAUUAUUGAAAAGACAUUUCCUGUUGAUGCUGUGUCUAUUCAAUUUGCGUUGCAUUAUGCAUUUGAAUCUGAGGAAAAAGCCCAUACUUUGUUGACCAACGUUUCCAAAUCACUAAGGGUGGGUGGUCGUUUCAUUGGAACUAUACCUUCGUCUGAUUUUAUCAAGUCUAAAAUCGUUGGCAAGCAAUACUUUAAAGAUGCAAAGACUGGCAAAGUCAAGUUUGGCAAUGGCUUAUAUUCAGUCACUUUUGAUAAAGAGCCACCUGAAGAUGGCGUAUUCAGGCCUCCCUUUGGAAACAGGUACAGCUAUUGGUUGAAAGAUGCUGUUGACGACGUGCCUGAAUAUGUUGUGCCAUUUGAGAUUCUUCGUGCAAUCUGCGAAGAACAUAACCUAGUGUUGAAGUAUAAAAAGAAUUUCACAGACAUUUUCAAUCAAGAGAUUCCUCAGUAUUUCAGUAAGUUGAAUAAGAAUUUAAUCGAUGGAUUGAAACGGAGUGAUGGAAAAUAUGGAGCCGAAGGGGAAGAGAAAGAAGCCGUUGGAUUUUAUGUUGGAUUUGUUUUUGAAAAGGUUGGAUAA